UGCGUGCACAGCACACGUCUGUUUGCGUGCGCGUUCACGCCGCAUCAGUCGGUGCUGGUAAACUGGUACUGGCCCAGGCUUGCGCACGCGCGUGGCUGCAUCCGUGGCGUCGGCGCAGGUAGAAAAGAAAAAGAAACGUCUUAUUUUUGGCGUUUUUCACCCCCCAGACAUGGCGGCGACCAAUUGGCGGUAACGCUAUUGCCCUUUCGAGAGGAUUACACGAGGAACCAUGACGUCGGGCCAGGAUGAAAGUUCGGUUCGUGUGGCGUUGAGGAUCCGUCCUCAACUGGCACGGGAGAAGAUCGAAGGAUGCCACAUCUGCACGUACGUCAUGCCCGGCGAGCCUCAAGUCAUCCUGGGCAAGGACAAGUCCUUCACGUACGACUACGUGUUCGACAUGGACUCGCAGCAGGACGCCAUUUACCAAACCUGCACCGAGAAGCUGAUCGAGGGCUGCUUCGAGGGAUACAACGCCACCGUCUUCGCCUACGGACAGACCGGUUCGGGAAAGACCUACACCAUGGGGACGGGGUUCGACGUGAACAUCAUGGACGACGAGCUGGGCAUCAUCCCCCGUGCCGUCCACCAUCUCUACCGGGGCAUCGAGCGGCGCCGGCAGGCCGCGCAGGAACAGGGUAGCCCCGCGCCAGAGUUUAAAAUCAACGCUCAGUUCCUGGAGCUUUACAACGAGGAGGUUCUGGAUCUGUUUGACUCCGUGCGGGACGGGAAGCAGAAAUCUCACAUCAAGAUCCACGAGGACGCCAACGGAGGGAUCUACACCGUGGGCGUGACCACGCGCACCGUGUCCUCCGAGGCCGAGAUGAUGCAGUGCCUGAAGCUGGGCGCUCUGUCUCGCACGACCGCCAGCACGCAGAUGAAUGUCCAGAGCUCCCGCUCUCACGCCAUCUUCACCAUCCACCUGUGCCAAGUCAGAGUCUGUGCCUCCCCCAACAAUCAGGAAGACGGCGGCGGCGACGGCGGCGACAAUCGGGUCUCCAAUGGCAACGGAGACAUGGACGAGUACGAGACGCUGAGUGCCAAAUUCCACUUUGUGGACCUGGCCGGCUCCGAGAGGCUCAAGAGGACGGGCGCCACGGGAGACCGAGCCAAAGAGGGCAUCUCCAUCAACUGUGGACUGCUGGCCCUGGGGAACGUUAUCAGCGCUUUGGGCGACCGCAGCAAGCGGUCCUCGCACGUGCCUUACCGAGACUCCAAACUGACCCGACUUCUCCAGGACUCCUUGGGAGGAAAUAGCCAAACGGUGAUGAUCGCAUGCAUCAGCCCGUCCGACCGCGACUUCAUGGAGACGCUCAACACGCUCAAGUACGCCAACCGCGCCCGCAACAUCAAGAACAAGGUGGUCGUCAACCAGGACAAAGCCAGCCAGCAGAUCAGCGCGCUCCGGACGGAGAUCGCCAGACUGCAGAUGGAACUCAUGGAGUACAAAACGGGUAAACGCUUGGCGGGCGAGGAUGGCGUGGAGAGCUUCAGCGACAUGUUCCACGAGAACGCCAUGCUGCAGACGGAGAACGGCAACCUGCGCGUGCGGGUGAAAGCCAUGCAGGAGACCAUCGACGUCCAGCGGGCGCGACUCACGCAGCUGCUCAGCGACCAGGCCAACCAGGCCCUCGCCAGGGCGGGUGAAGGAGGCACAGAGGAAAUCGGCAACAUGAUUCAGAGUUACAUCAAAGAAAUUGAAGACCUCAGAGCCAAGCUCCUGGAGAGCGAGGCGGUGAACGAGAACCUGCGCAAGAACCUAACUCGCGCCUCCAGCCGCCAAGCCUUCUACGGCGGGCCCGGCUCUUUCACGUCCUCCUCCGCCCCCGAGAAAGAGACGUCCGACAUCAUUGAGAUGGCCAAGAAGGACCUGGAGAAGCUGAAGAAGCGAGAGAGAAAAAAGAAGAAAAGCGUAGUCAAGGAGGACAAUCCCGACAACGAGCAGGAGAAGAGCAGCGACAAGGAGAACAACGUCGAGCGAGCCGGCGAUGAAGCCGAUCUGGACGGCAGCGAGCACGAUGAAGCAGACGAGGAGGAUGAAGAGGAGGACGAGGACAUGGAGGUGGAGGACAGCUCGGACGAUUCCGACUCGGAGUCGGACGAGAAAGAGAACUUCCAGGCCGACCUGGCCAACAUCACGUGCGAGAUCGCCAUCAAGCAGAAGCUAAUCGACGAGCUGGAGAACAGCCAGCGCCGUCUGCACACGCUCAAGCAGCAGUACGAGCAAAAGCUGAUGAUGCUGCAGUGCAAGAUUAAGGACACGCAGCUGGAGCGGGAUCGCGUCCUCCAGAACAUGAACUCCGUGGAGAGCGGCACGGAGGACAAGGCCCGCAAAAUCAAGACCGAGUAUGAGAGGAAGCUGAGCGUGAUGAACAAGGAGCUGCAGAAGCUGCAGUCGGCCCAGAAGGAACACGCCCGCCUGCUCAGAAACCAGUCGCAGUACGAGAAGCAGCUACGCAAGCUCCAGAUGGACGUGUCUGAAAUGAAGAAGACAAAGGUUCGCCUCAUGAAGCAGAUGAAGGAGCAGCAGGAGAAGAACCGCAUGAACGAGUCCCGCCGAAACCGGGAGAUUGCCUCCUUGAAGAAGGACCAGCGCAAACAAGAGCAUCAAUUGAAGCUACUGGAGGCUCAGAGGAGGCAGCAGGAGCUCAUCCUCAGGAGGAAGACAGAGGAGGUGACGGCUCUGAGGAGGCAGGCCAGGCCCACCUCGGGAAAGGUCAUUCGUAAGAUCAAUCUGACAGAUGCCAACCAGGACUUGUCCCACCGUCCGCCCUCUGGACGCACGUAUUCUGGACACGGUGCUCCCAACGGCACCAGAUCCUCCCCCAGGCGGGUGGGUGGACUUUACUCCACCCGUAUGGCCCGCAACAAGUGGCAGUCACUGGAGCGACGCAUCUCGGACGUCAUCAUGCAAAGGAUGACCAUCUCCAACAUGGAGAACGACAUGAACCGCCUCCUCAAGCAACGCGAGGAGCUGACCAAGCGUAAGGAGAAGGUGGUGAAGAAGCGAGAGCGAUUGGCCAGGGAAGACUCCGAAGCGGAGAAGGCGGUGGUGCCGCUCCACGAGGAAGUGGACGCGCUGGCGGCCAACAUUGACUACAUCAACGACAGCAUUGCCGACUGUCAGGCCAACAUCAUGCAGAUCGAGGAGACCAAGGAGGAAGUCGACACCGUGGACGUCUCCGCUGUGAUCGGUUCCUGCACUCUGGUGGAGGCUCGUUUCCUGCUGGAUCACUUUAUGUCCAUGGCUAUCAACAAGGGUCUGCAGGCGGCCCAGAAGGAGUCCCAGGUGAAAGUGAUGGAGGGCCGCCUGAAACAGACGGAGAUCACCAGCGCCACUCAGAACCAGCUGCUCUUCCACAUGCUGAAGGAGAAGGCCGAGUUCAACCCGGAGCUGGACGCCCUGCUGGGCAACGCCUUGCAAGAGCUAGGUAACGUGGCAGCCGAAAACGGCGACGACAGCAGCAGCGACGAGUCGGCCACCAGCCCGUCAGCAGACGGAAACACUGUGCCGGACCUUAUGAAGUUCUGCGGCGAGACCAAGUCUCGGAAUAAGGCUCGCCGGCGCACCACCACUCAAAUGGAGCUCUUGUAUGCCAACAGCGAGGCCGCCGCCGACACGGGCGACUUUUCCAGCCCCGCGUUGCCGCUAGCAGAGACGCCAGACGGCGUCGGUGACUUUGCGGCACUCUCGCCCAGCUUCUCCUCCAAGAUGUACAGCGCUUCGGGCCCCAGAAAGCCGCCGGGCGCCGAAAAGCGAGCUUCGCCGGCACCGUCGCCGCUCACUCGCAGGAAGACGUAUGACAAGGCCCAAGCGGAAGGCGACAGGGCAAAGCUCAAGGAGAUUAAACAGGGCGUCAUCCACCCGGUGCCAUCCACCAAGAGUCGCUCGACCUCGCUGCUGCAGUGCGUCCACGUGGCCGAGGGACACAGCAAGGCCGUCCUGUGCGUGGACUGCACCGACGACCUGCUCUUCACCGGCUCCAAAGACCGCAGUUGCAAGGUGUGGAAUCUGGUGACGGGCCAGGAAAUUAUGUCGCUGGCCGGACAUCCCAACAACGUGGUGUCGGUGCGCUACAGCUCCAGCCUGGUCUUCACCGUCUCCACCUCCUACAUCAAAGUGUGGGACAUCCGCGACUCGGCCAAGUGCAUUCGGACCCUCUGCUCCUCCGGUCAGAUCAAUCUGGGCGACGUCUGCGCAUCCAACACCAGUCGGACGGUCACCAUCCCGGCGGGUGAGAACCUGAUCAACCAAAUCGCACUGAACCCCAACGGGACGGUCCUGUACGCCGCUGCCGGGAACUCGGUCCGGGUGUGGGAUCUACGAAGGUUUGCGUCCACUGGGAAACUCACCGGUCACCAAGGUCCUGUUAUGUGUUUGACUGUGGACCAUUCGGGGAACAACCAGGACCUGGUGAUCACCGGCUCCAAAGACCACUAUGUCAAGCUCUUUGACGUGACUGAAGGCUCCCUGGGAAGCAUCGGCCCGACGCACAACUUUGAGCCCCCCCACUACGACGGGAUCGAGUCUCUGGUGAUCCAGGGCGACUUCUUCUUCAGCGGCUCCCGCGACAACGGGAUCAAGAAGUGGGACCUGGAUCGCAAGGACUUGCUACAGCAAGUCCCGAACGCUCACCGCGACUGGGUGUGCGCCCUGGGGUUGGUCCCGGGCUCUCCGGCGCUCCUGAGUGGCUGUCGAGGAGGGGUGCUCAAACUGUGGCACACGGACACUCUGGCGGGCCUGGGCGAGCUCAAGGGUCACGACAGCCCCAUUAACGGCAUCGCCACCAACGCCAGCCACUUGUUCACCGCUUCGGACGACCGGACGGUGAAGAUUUGGCGCGCGCGCAGCGGCGGACUGGACGGCACUUUUGAGGCGGUUGACAAUGCGGCGGACGAGGUGGCGAGUAACUGAACGUAUUCGCCGCAACUUCUGCUGGACUCUGUUCUGAUGUGCACUUUGAAUUCCCCCCUCGCGCUUGUUUCUCCGCCGGUACGAAGCCCGAACGCAUACCUGACACGUAGCCACUAAGUGAUAACGACUCAUCAAGGUUGCGUGAAGUGCGCUUUCCAAGCAUGAGCUAUUAUUAGCUAUUGCUUGUUGCCGUCCAACAUGGCCGCCGCCGGUCUUGGCAAAUCUCGGAUGGAAAGUGUCGGGUUGCUAGCCGGUCUAAACAACCCGCCGCCGUGCUUCCUGUUUCUUGAUGUCGUUAAGCUUCAUGUCUUCAUGUCACCCCAAAAGACACUCAACUCUACCUUGGAAGCUUCAUCACAUAUAUGACUUUUUUUUUUUUUGUGUUAAGUGUUCGAAUGUGACAAACGCUGAAUCCGUCUUAUUUAUGUCUUGAAAGUCUUAAAAGUGAUUUGUUUUUUCCGCCAGGAUGAAGCUUCCUAACACUAUCCAUCCUCUAUACGUACGUAAACGUGGUCCGCACUCCAUCCACACGCCGACCUCCUCGGUCCUCCGUGUCCACACUCGUAACACGUACGUUAAUGUGCACCAUGCCCUCCUCGUGCGUUGAUGCUGGUUAUAUUCUCGAGAUGAUCACACCGGUCUGCGGUCACCCCACUAAUAUUGUUGUUAUGCGGUUGACCCACUCGGCGCUCACUGUGUGUACGUGACAUAAUCCACGCUAGCUCCAUGCACAAUUAACUCCGACCCUCACUACAUGUUGACGUUGGGCGUGAUCUCUUUGUAUCGCUGAUCACGAUGCCUUGCGCUCUUUUUAAGCAAGCUAGCAGCCCGUGCUCAUUUCGCUUUCAGUAGACAUGGAGACGGGCUUACUUGACGUCCGCUACGGAUGCUAUUAACACUCACUUCCUGCAUAUCGGCCACACGUCGUGGCCUUGCUUACAUUUAUCUUGACAGGCGCAGGCCACUCGUUAGCAUAGCAAAGGCGCCGUUUAUGUCAUUUUGCGUCACAGAGCUUUUCGUAGAGGCGAGGCCUUCCGAUUUCAUGAAUGUUUGGAUGACGACGAGGCUAACGCGAGCGAAUGUUUUUCUUUAGGGACCACCGACGGGAACGCUUCCUGACUUGAUUUUCAUUGUUUCACGCUUCGAUUCUUUUCGUUGUUAGCAGUUUGUUCAGUCGGAUUCCGGACCUUCCCUCCUCUUUUGGAAUUGUAGAAGCCAUCUUGCAAAUGGCCAUGGCUGUAGCUAUUCUAAUGUCAGAUGAUGCCAGGUUAGAAUAAACGCCAUCUGUCAAAAAACAAAA